AUGGGUCUGUCUCGACUCCGCAAACUGUGUGCGCUGUGUGAUCCCUUCAGGCAGCGCUCAAUUCGUAGAUCGCCAUCACCAUACUUGGCCCUCCUACAGGAUAGAGUCUUUCUAUCAGCGCCACUAAUAGGAACCGAUCUAUUCAAACGUUCGACUUUGAGCAUGCCUCGAAUGGAGUACCCGGCGACUCGUCGUGACGAGACCGUCGUGGAGAACCUCCACGGCCGUAAGGUCGCAGAUCCGUAUCGAUGGUUAGAGACUCCAGACAGCCCUGAAACAGAGGCAUGGGUCGCUGAACAAAAUAGGGUCACCAAGUCUUACCUAAGCGCUGCCGAAGCAUUGCGCCCAUCCUUUCAGGCCACAGUUGAGAAUCUCCUCAACUACGAUAAGUUUUCAUGUGCAUGGAAGCGUGGGAGUUCUUUUUACUACAACCAUCAUGUUGGCCUUUCUAAUCAGGCGGUAGUAAUGCAAACGGACUCCAUCGAUGGUGAACCGAGGGUCUUCCUGGAUCCAAACAAGCUGGCGGACGAUGGCACGGUUUCGCUAGGAACACUUUCUUGGUCUAAGAACGGAGCGUAUCUUGCGUAUGGAACACACACCUCUGGGAGCGAUUGGGAGGAUAUUUCAGUCAUGAGGUGCGACACUCUCGAGAAACUACCAGAGACGCUUGAAUGGGCCAAAUUCACGAGUGUCGCUUGGACAAAGGACGGCGAAGGUUUCUAUUAUGCGAGAUAUCCAAUACCUAGUUCGCUACAGGGUGUGGAUGAUAAGAAUAAAAGAGGUGCGGAAACAGAUGAGGCAAUUAAUCAAUCCAUCUACUACCACAGCAUUGGAACCCCGCAGAGUCAAGAUCGCUUAGUUUACGAGAAUGCAGAGAACCCAAAGCGCAUGUAUCGAGUCAAGACUACUCUGGACGGUACUUAUUUGCUUAUUUACGUGAAUGAAGACUGCGCCCCGAAGAACCAAUUGUGGUAUGUCGACUUGUCUCAGCAUUUUGGCAAGGAGACUGCAGGUAUUGUCAAGCUCAUUGAUGACACAUAUGACUCCCAAUUCACGUAUAUUGCGAAUGAUGACGCGCUCUUCUAUGUCAUGACUAACUGGAAGGCUCCGAAGAAUCGUAUUAUCUCCGUUUCUCUGGAAAAGCCGGAAGAUGUAUGGCCAGAACUUGUGCCUGAGCAUGAUUCAAACGUUUUGUCCUCUGCUCUCGCAGUCAAUUACGACCAAUUGGCUCUUGUCUACAUGGAACAUGCAAGUGACAGAUUAUCUGUACAUAGUCUGAAGACGGGCGGAAAAGCAUACGACAUCAAACUACCUGACCUAGGGUCUAUCUCGAUCACUGCUGAUAGAGAGAAUGACUUUCUCAUGUACAAGUUCACCAGCUUCUUGUAUGCGGGAACAGUAUAUUUUGUAGACUUGACUAUGCCAAUCGGUGAUGGAACUAGAGUUUUCCGCAAGAUGGAUCCCCCUGGUUUUGAUCCGUCCAUCUACAGGACAGAGCAAGUCUUCUAUACAUCCAAAGAUGGCCAGACAAAGAUCCCAAUGUUUGUUAUUGGCCCUCGUGAAGGAAGCGAUUCUGCCUCUCCGCAAAAGCGCCCUUGCCUGUUGUAUGGAUACGGGGGUUUCAUGGUAUCGCUCACUCCAUUCUACUCCGCUCGUUGGGCUGCCUGGAUGCAAUGCUUAAAUGGAAUCGUUGCGAUUGCCAACAUUCGGGGUGGUGAUGAGUAUGGAUCUGAGUGGCACGACCAAGGAAUCCUGGAGAACAAGCAAAAUGUCUUCGACGAUUUUCAGUGGGGAGCAAAGCAUUUAUGCGAGUCUAUGCGAGUCACAGACUCUAAGUCUCUUUUGAUUAUGGGCGGCAGCAACGGGGGGCUACUCGUCGGUGCGUGUGUAAAUCAAGCUCCGGAACUGUACGGAGCUGCCGUAGCUCAGGUUGGAGUCCAUGAUAUUCUCCGUUUCCAUAAGUUCACGAUUGGUUCCGCUUGGGUGAGCGAUUAUGGGAACCCAGACGAGGCGAAGGAUUUCGAGUAUCAGAUCAAGUAUUCACCCCUGCACAACGUGUUUUCUCCAGAUGACCGAGGGGUUCCAUAUCCUGCCAUUCUCUUAACCACGGGUGAUCAUGAUGCCCGAGUAGUGCCGUUGCACACCUUGAAGUACGGUGCUCAACUUCAGCACAUGGCGGGCUCGUCAGAGAUCCAGGGUACCCGCCCGCUUCUCAUACGAAUAGAUGUGAAGGCGGGCCAUGGAGCCGGAAAGCCAACGACUAAGAUCAUAUCUGAACUAGUAGACACGCUGUUGUUUGCUUCACUCUCCUUGAAUUUUAAUGCGCAAGAGCAAUAAAAAUGGAAGGUGUAAGAUCAAGAAGCCCUCCUGCUGCUG